UUGCCUGGAAGUUCAAUCACGGGGAAGAAAACACUACGUGCGCUCACGACAGACCAACCGUGUCCGGUUGGCAAAACAAACAGCUGACACGACUUAGAACCGAGGAGGAGGUCAAAUUCAUUUUUACCUGAAUUACCCGGUUUAAGCUAAAGCUGCGUCUCCUCCGCCGCCAUGGCUGCUGCAGCAGUUGUAAGAGGUUCUGCCACUGUGCCUAUUCGAGGACCCGGUGAUGGCAUGGAAACUGAAAAACCACCAGUCACACUGGAGGUCAUCACUGACGCCCCGCCACCGUUUUUAUCUGAAGUUCCUCUCCUUAAAGCAGCAAACCCAAAGCACAGCCCAAAAUCUCCACAUGUCACCCCCCCUGUUACCCCACAGCUUCUCGGCGUGCUUCACCUAGGCAAAGUGAAUAGAGAAGCGUGUACAGAAGUGGAAGCCGUGAGGAUUAUUGUGCCCAGAGCUGCUAUCACCCGGAGUAGCCGGGCGGGACCCCCUGAGGGGAAAGGCGAGGCCGGGCAGCAGGCCGAGGAGCAGGGCUCUCCUCCGCUUGUGGAGGACUGGAGAGGACAGCUGGAGAAGCUACAGAACUCUGAACGCCGGCUCCUGCAAGACAAAGAGGGCCUUUCCAAUCAACUCCGUGUGCAGACAGAGGUAAACCGCGAACUGAAGAAGCUGUUGGUAGCCUCGAUAGGCGAUGACCUCGAGUACCAGUUUGAACGUCUUGCACGAGAGAAAAACCAGCUCAUUCUGGAGAACGAGGCUUUAGGCCGAAGCCUUUCACACACAGCGGAGCAGCUGGAACGUAUGAGUAUCCAGUGUGACGUCUGGAGGAGCAAAUUCCUCGCCAGCAGAGUCAUGGCAGAGGAACUGACAAAUGCCAGAGCUGCUCUGCAGAGGCAGAUCAGAGAGGCCCAAGGAGCGAUUCAAGACCUGCUGUUGGAGCGAGAGGAGUUCUCCAGGGACAUGGUGCUCAGUCACAGGUCCCUGGAACAGCUCCUAGUGUCUUUGCAGUGGGGCAGACAGCAGACUUAUUAUCCCAGUGCUCAGCCUCUCAGCAUCGGAGAGCUGGCUGCAGCCAAUCACAAGCUAGCAGAUGCUAUCAACUCUCAUCUGUUGGGCAAAAACAACGCCAACAGCACUGUGUCGAAGGGCAGUAGUGCACCAGCCGAACAUCUCUGCAGCACACCGGCUGAGAAGAUGGCUGAGAAGGUGUUGAAGGUUUUGAAUCCAAUCUCUUGUUCAGAAAGCAAGGCAGAACCUGCGCUCAGUGACUCCACAUCCCCGAACUUUCUGAGCAGCAAGAAAAGCAUCGGCAGGUUUCACCCUUACACCCGCUACGAGAACAUAACCUUCAACUGCUGCGAACGAUGCACUGGCGACAUUAUAGUUCUAUAGGUCAUCCUCAUUUGAUACAGAGAGGAUUAGCCUUUUUUUAUAUUUUAAAAAAUAAAGAUGGCAAGCUGGAGCUGUAGCAGAAACCAUGACUGUUUAUUUGCUGUCAUUUCAGUUUAAUAGUUUUAAAUGUGUUGCUUAACUUAUUAAGCUCUUGGAAAACACCAAACACUAGUCUGGAAUUAAGAAAGCAUUUCAACUCCAUUGUGGACUGAUAUGUAAAUCAUGUUUACCGCUGAGAUGUGAGAUCAGAGUCCAGUGCUACACUGGACGAGUUUAUUAGUUCUAAUGGAACGCAUUACUCAUGUGCAUAGUGUUUUUAUUUAACCAGUUUCUACUUUCAUACUGCAGAGAAUAAUUAGGUAGUAACACAGAUGACAGGAAGUCAGACAUUAAAGAAGCAUAGUUGCCUCUUUUAAUUCAGGAGGGUUUUUUUCCCAUUUAUGGUGCUUUUUUCACUUCAGGAAUAUAUUUUAUUUUAUGUACUGUAAACGCAUUGGUGAAAGUGAAUUGACAGUACUGUGAUAAGUAUUGUGCAGUUUUGUUUGAAAAGAAAACCCUGCUUGAAUUUUACCAGUGUGAGAUUCUAUUUUCAUCUUUUUUUUUGUUGUUGCUUAGAAUAUACUAUGAAGCUACUUACAUGAUACAGUAUUUAAGAACAAAACAGACAGGCUCUAUAUAUUGUAUUUCAUCUGUAUAGAAAACUUUACAGUAAUGGGUAUACUUUUAUUUGCUCUAAAACUGUCAAAAUGUUAUUUAAGCAUCUUGUUUUCUGUCAGAUUAAAAUAAAGA